AUGCGUUCUUUGUAUUCUCAGACUUCCGGACGUGUGAGAGUGUACGGAGAGCUCUCCAAAAGCUUCCGUACACAAAGCGGUGUCCGUCAGGGAUGCCCACUCUCUCCAUUCCUUUUUAACUUUGUGAUCGAUGAAAUAAUGAGACGAACGCUGGAGGGUCUCCAAAACCCUGGUGUUCAAAUAGCCAGUGAAGAAAACCUUGUCGAUCUGGAAUAUGCAGAUGACAUCGUUCUCGUCUUCGAAGAACAGGAGAAGGCGCAAGUAUUCUUGGAUGAACUGACCAAAGACAUCCUGUCUUUUGGUAUGCACUUUGCAACCACAAAAUAUGAGGUCAUGCUGCUGGACAUGCAGUCACCAAGUGUGCCACUUAAAAUCCAUGGUGAGCCACUGGAAGUUGUGGAGCGUUUUGCGUAUAUUGGAAGUUGUAUUGGUUCUGAUUGUAGUGUGACAGAUGAGGAUUUGGGCACCUUGGACCGCAUCUCCGAGGCCGACAGAAACAGUGUCCGGAAUCAAAUACUCGGCGCCUUGCUCUCCGUUACCGGUGCUCUGCAACCGCAGUUAUCCGAGGCGAUCGGAGCAAUCUGGCAGGAGGAUUUUCCAGACAAAUGGCCAAAUCUGAUUCCCGAGCUCGUCGAACGCAUGGUACAACUUGGUGCAGAUCUCAAUAUGGUUCGAGGGGUACUGCAGACUGCGCACACCCUGUUUAAGCGGUAUCGCCAUGAGUGUGCCGGGAAUGAUCUAUUCCGAGAAAUGAAGACAGUGAUCGGUCAGUUUGGAGCGCCAAUGACUGAGCUUGCAAAGUCUUUGCUGGCGCUUGUCAUUGGGGAACAGCGUCUGACCGAAGGCCCUCCACUUGUACCCGUAUUCCAGUGUCUCCUUCUGGUUUGCAAGAUCUUCCUCAGCCUGAACUGCCAGCUAACUGAUACAUUUUUUGCGUUAUUUCCCACCUUGGGACACGUACACCCGCAACAGGACUUACCCGAAUUUUUCGAGGACAACAUUGCAGACUGGAUGCUCAUAUUCCGCAGUCUGCUCCAAUUGGACGCGAGUGUAGUGCAACUGGUGGACUCGGCCGCGGAAAGUUUGACCGGUUCAGAGGGCUCAGCUCUGGUGGAACAGGUCAAGUCUCAGGUUUGCGACAUCACCAGUCUGUAUGCUUCCAAGUAUGAAGCAGAGUUUGCUCCCUAUCUUCCGGGUUUCGUGACGGACGUGUGGGAAAUGCUGGUUAAUACGGGCGGACAAAGCAAGUUUGACAUGCUUAUCGGGAACGCCAUUGAAUUUCUCAGUUCCGUGAUUGCUCGUCCGCAGCACAGACACUUGUUUGAAAGUCCGGAGGCUUUGCAAAGUUUGUGUGAAAAAGUGAUUCUUCCAAACAUGCACUUCCGAGCUUUGGAUGAGGAGCUGUUUGCAGACAACCCCGAGGAAUAUCUGCGACUAGAUUUGGAAGGAUCCGAUGUACACACACGACGCCGAUCCGCUUGUAAUUUGGUACACGUUCUUUGCGAGGCGUUCGAAGGUCCUGUGGUGGCCAAUUUCUCCACUUACAUUCAGCACCUCCUUGCCGAGUAUGCCAACAGUCCCGAUGGCAGUGCCUGGCCCUCCAAGGACGCGGCUCUCUUAUUGGUCACCUCGGUAGCUGCCCGUGGCAAGACAGAAAAGCUCGGAGUGACAAUAUCCACAGAACUGGUGAACAUUCCAACUUUCUUCGAAACGCACGUUCUUCCGGAACUGAGGAAUGCUAACGUUAACAAUCUUCCGGUGAUCAAGGCCGAUUGCAUGCGUUACGCCAUCACGUUCCGCGGUCUCUUACCCCUGACCACACUUGUGGAGUUGAUCAAUUUGUCCCCGCAACUUCUAACUGCCACGGCACCGGUGGUACACAGCUACGCGGCAGCACUGAUUGACAAGUUGCUAGCCAUGAAACGACCUGGGACGUUGGUAGAUCCUCUGAUCACCAAAGACCAGAUUGCGGACCCCCAACUCCUGAUAGAUCGUUUGUUGGCAGUUCUUCUCAUUCCAGACUCGACCGAGAAUGUCUAUGUGGUGCGAGCUUUGAUGCGGGCAUGCUGUUGCCUUCAGGAACGCUGCUUGGCCUCUAUGAACUCUCUGGUGUCGACUCUACUACCCAUACUUGUUCAAGUCGCGAAGAAUCCGAGCAAACCGAAUUUCAAUCAUUUCUUGUUCGAAACCAUUUGUUUAUGCAUUCGAACAACUUGCGCUGCCGACCCGAGCGCGGUUUUACACUUUGAAUCCGCCUUUUUCCCCGUGUUUCAAGACAUACUGCAAAACGAUAUUUCCGAAUUCGUGCCAUACGUCUUCCAGUUGCUCAGCGUUAUGCUAGAACAAUACCCCAUGUCUGAUACGGUCACAGCCGUGUGCAAGUCCCAGUCUAUGGUCAACGGAUCUCAGUCUGGCAGUCAGGGACAAAGUCGAACUAGGCCUUCGCCACCGUAUUCUGCCUUAUUGCCCCGACUGCUUGUCCCAACUCUGUGGGACCAGCGAGGUAAUGUGCCUGCUUUGGCCCGACUCAUGCAAUCGUACGUGCUACACGACAUCGAGGAAGUACUCUCAUCCAACAAGCUUUCUGCGAUGCUUGGUGUGUAUCAACGACUUAUCCAAUCCUCCCUUCAUGACACGCAUGCUUUCGCUUUGUUGGGGGCUCUGGUUUUGGCGGUACCAAAGCCCACCCUCGAACCUUUCCUACGUCAGAUCUUCAUGGUCAUAUUUCGACGCCUUCAAUCCUCGAAAACAGAAAAGUUUAUGAAGGGUAAGCCAGUCGACGCGGCAGAUAAAUUUGCUUACGAGGGCAGUUGUAUACGUUCCGGUGGACUGGCUGGAGAUGAGAUUACUUAUCGAAUCCGAAAGGCCAGAGCAGCUUUUGUCAACUUCCGAUACCUAUGGCGCCGACGUGACCGAUUCCCUCCUGAGCUGUGCUCAAGCAUCGCCGAUCCACGAAUCUAUUUGGCCAAUACGCUCCGUCAGCUUUCAACCUCCUGUCCGGGAAAG